ACCCCGGGAGCGGCGGCGGGCUCAGCAGCGGCGGCCGUGGCAGCGGAAGGUUCUCUCUCCUCCGGGCUGGACUUAAUAACUUUGGAACUGUCCGCCGGUGUCACGUCCUGAACAUGAGCCUCCUCCUCUCCUUCUACCUGCUCGGGUUGCUUGUCAGUAGCGGGCAAGCUCUUCUUCAAGUGACAAUUUCACUUAGCAAAGUAGAGCUUAGUGUGGGUGAAUCUAAAUUCUUCACAUGUACAGCAAUUGGUGAGCCUGAGAGUAUAGACUGGUACAAUCCUCAAGGAGAAAAGAUCAUUUCAACACAGAGGGUUAUGUUACAGAAGGAAGGGGUCAGGUCACGACUAACCAUCUAUAAUGCAAACAUAGAAGAUGCGGGUAUCUAUCGCUGCCAAGCAACGGAUGCCAAAGGACAGACGCAAGAAGCUACUGUAGUUUUGGAAAUUUACCAAAAACUCACCUUCAAAGAAGUGGUGUCCCCUCAAGAAUUCAAGCAAGGGGAGGAUGCAGAAGUGGUCUGCAGGGUUAGCAGUUCCCCAGCCCCAGCGGUCAGCUGGCUGUAUCACAACGAGGAAGUCACCACCAUUCCCGACAAUCGGUUUGCUGUGCUUGCAAACAAUAACUUGCAGAUUCUCAACAUCAAUAAAAGUGAUGAAGGUAUAUACAGAUGUGAAGGAAGAGUAGAGGCUAGGGGAGAGAUUGAUUUCCGGGAUAUCAUUGUUAUUGUUAAUGUUCCACCAGCAAUUGUGAUGCCCCAGAAGUCCUUCAAUGCUACUGCAGAGAGAGGAGAAGAGAUGACCUUAACCUGCAGGGCCUCAGGCUCUCCAGAUCCUACCAUCUCUUGGUUUAGGAAUGGCAAGCUCAUUGAAGAAAAUGAAAAAUACACUUUAAAGGGCAGUAAUACAGAGCUCACUGUCAGGAACAUAAUCAAUAAAGAUGGAGGCUCUUAUGUCUGCAAAGCCACAAACAAGGCAGGAGAAGAUGAAAAGCAGGCCUUCCUUCAAGUCUUUGUACAGCCUCAUAUAUUACAACUUAAAAAUGAGACGACAUCUGAGAAUGGUCAUGUCACGCUCAUCUGUGAAGCAGAAGGCGAGCCUGUUCCAGAAAUCACAUGGAAAAGAGCAGUGGAUGGCAUCACGUUUUCUGAAGGUGAUAAGAGCCCCGAUGGCCGUAUCGAAGUCAAAGGGCAGCAUGGACACUCAUCACUGCACAUCAGAGAUGUGAAGUUAUCGGAUUCAGGGAGAUAUGACUGUGAGGCUGCAAGUAGGAUUGGUGGGCACCAGAGGAGCAUGCACCUUGACAUUGAAUAUGCGCCUAAGUUUGUUUCAAAUCAGACAAUGUAUUACUCCUGGGAAGGAAAUCCAAUCAAUAUUAGUUGUGAUGUGAAAUCAAAUCCACCUGCAUCAAUCCAUUGGCGAAGAGAGAAAUUAGUCUUACCAGCUAAAAAUACCACUCAUUUAAAGACCUACAGUGUAGGAAGGAAGAUGAUACUAGAGAUUGCCCCUACAUCGGACAAUGACUUUGGACGAUAUAACUGCACUGCUACUAACCGUAUAGGCACAAGAUUUCAGGAGUAUAUUCUUGAGUUAGCAGAUGUGCCCUCUAGUCCCCAUGGAGUGAAGAUUAUAGAGCUGUCCCAGACUACAGCCAAGAUCUCGUUCAACAAACCCGACUCCCAUGGAGGUGUGCCUAUUCAUCACUAUCAACUGGACGUCAAAGAAGUGGCGUCAGAAACCUGGAAAAUAGUACGCUCCCAUGGAGUUCAAACAAUGGUUGUUUUGAGCAGCCUGGAACCAAAUACGACUUAUGAAAUCAGGGUUGCGGCAGUAAAUGGAAAAGGGCAAGGGGACUACAGCAAAAUAGAAAUAUUCCAGACCCUGCCAGUCCGGGAGCCAAGUCCCCCUUCCAUACAUGGACAGCCAAGCAGUGGGAAGAGUUUUAAAAUCAGCAUCACCAAACAAGACGAUGGAGGGGCCCCUAUUUUAGAAUACAUUGUGAAAUACAGAAGUAAAGAUAAGGAAGACCAGUGGCUGGAGAAGAAGGUUCAGGGGAAUAAAGACCACAUCAUUUUGGAACAUCUGCAGUGGACGAUGGGCUAUGAAGUGCAAAUCACAGCUGCCAACAGACUGGGGUAUUCUGAGCCCACCGUAUAUGAGUUCAGCAUGCCCCCAAAGCCCAACAUCAUUAAAGACAGUUGCUGUGAAUCGAACACAGUUGAAAAUGGCGGCCAGUCAUUGCCACUGAAUGCUGUUGGGUUCUCUUUCGUUAUAGCCACGGGUCUGUCUUGCUUGUUUUAAUGUUAUUGUGUUCUGUGGUACGCCCUGAACAGAGAUAAAGGAAAGAGUGGCACCAGGCUGUUCAAAGGAUAUAACUAAAAGUUUCUGCAGUCCAACUUACAUUUGAACACUUAGCCUCUUCCUCUGUCUUCACCAACCAAGGGAAAGUCAGGAACCCAGAAGGAAGUUUCCAUAGAGAUUCUUUCUCUUGACUACUUUCUCAACAACACUAUGUUUUACUGUAAAGGCUUCAUAGACUUUGCUAUAAAUUGUGCCCCUUGUACAUUGAACACAAGCAUUUUCUACAGCCAGUCCUCUUUCAUUUAAUUAGUUUUGCAAAUAUAACUCAGCAUCCAUCAGCACAAAGCAUGUAAACUGUGGGGUUUUUUUUUUUUUUUUUUUUUUUUUUUUUUUUUUUUUUAUUGUGGGCCAUCCCUACCAGUCUUUUAAACUGUUAUAUGAAAAUUUCUCGUUUUAUGAACGUUUAUAAAAUUUUAUAGUUUCUACCAUUAUAUAAAACACAAAUUUGAUAUUCAGUUAUAUCAAAUACAUAUAUAUCUUAUUCUGUUUUCUUCAGUUUUUAGACAAUGGUUGAAGGAACACAAAGGAUUCAAGUUUCCUCACUUAAAUCUGCAAAGCCAAUUAGUAUUUUCUUAAGUGAAAAUAUCUCUCUACCAUUGUCCACAAUAAGUAAGCUUAAUCUCAGUUAAAUUUUACUCAAUUCAGUAAAUUCACAUCAUUUUUUUUUUUAAGCUGGAACCAAGUAUUGCAAAUGUAACAUCCUAUGCAGUUACAUAUUGCAUUUUCCUGAACUUGUGACAGUCACUGUCUUUGCAAGUAUCAAAACGAGAAAUGACUGUUUUAGGUAUUACUUGCAAGGAGAUGAAAAGUAGAUGAGAGCAAGAACCUGCUGCGUUCAAAUUUUCUAAAGAAGCUCAAUUUGAAGAAACACAAGAAGGGCAUCUGCUUUUCCAAUUUCAGUUAUUUGAAAGCGAUAAGAAUGUGCCCUUUGCUUUGAGCCACAUCCUAGAAUGUGAUGUGGUUAGGACUACUUAGGCCAAUUAGGAAACACACACUCACACACAUACACACACAUACAGCACACACACGCACACACACCCUGCAUUUAUACAGACAAACAGCAGUUUUUACUUGCCGAAUCAAAAAUUAAACUUCAGCUUUUGAGAUUCUCCCAUCAAAACCUGGCAUUCGGUUUCUCUGAAGCAUUCUCUGUGCUUUUAGGCAAUCUAAACAUAUUGUUUAUUAUGUGAGAUACAACAAGAUUAGAUAUGUAUUAAUAAUUGCUUUUUAGUUAAUUUAUAAUUUACAAUAUCUUUAGUUUGCAAAUAUUGUAUUUGUCUUAUAGCUUGCAAAAUAAUCUAAAAACAUGACCCAUUUAAAGAUUUUUUUUCCUCAUUGUUGAAAAAUAACAAAAAAUGUUCCAAUUCAGUCAGUAUGGAAAAUCUAAUUAGUAUCUGGGAAUUUUUUUUUUUAAUUUUUGAAAGUGAUAUGAACCAUGCUUUCUCUACUAUAUAACUCUUUGUGACUUUGUACUAUAUUCCUUGGUACUUCACUUAGGAAAUGAUACGUUAAUUAUUGAUCAGUAGAAAAUAUUGAGAGUGAAAUAA